AUGCCAAACACCGCAGCUUUUCCCUCUGAGCACACUCUCAACUCAUCUGUACCUUUGCUAUCCGAUUACAUUUCGAGUUCUCCGAAGAACAUUUACUCCCCACUACCGCUUGGGGAUACAGAAAUACGGCUAGUCACAAUCGUCCCCGGCAUUCUGGAGGAUCCCAUGGUCUGUAUUCUCGAAGCAGUGUCCCUCGACUCACCGCUUGCAUACGAAGCCCUAUCCUACGUUUGGGGCAAUUUGGAUGAUAGUCGAACCAUUAUUGUCAACAAUGCGCCUGCCGAUGUCACUUCUAACCUAGAUAUGGCACUGCGGUAUAUCCGUCAUCCCGAGGAACUGCGUACCAUGUGGAUAGACGCCAUCUGUAUCGAUCAGAGCAAUACGGUGGAGCGUAAUCAACAGGUUAGAAUGAUGACAUCUAUUUACCGCCGAGCACACACUGUUCUCAUAUGGGUUGGGAUUCUCGAAGAGCAAGAGACGUUCUCCGUUCUAGAACGCAUCAACAGACGCGACGCAGGGCAAAUUAAUCAUUGUGGGAUACUAGCCACACUUAUCUUGCGCGACUGGUUUCAUCGCAUUUGGACGAAGCAGGAACUCACGGUUGCUCUCCGGGAUCCUUGGAUUAUAUUCGGA